AUGGAAUCUACACCAGAGUUCAGUAAGUCGAUAACUGCAACGUUUCCCGGAGACGAAGAAAAUGAAUUCACGUUUCAUAAGAUAGAAUUAAACGAUAAAAUAAUAUUAAACGUUCUAAUCAAUGGAGUCAUGGACACAACGUUCGAUAUUCCAGUAUCUUCAAAGUCAUCGAUUAAUGCGUACUCUAAUUUAAGUAUCAGUGAAGAUGGGGGAGUAGAGCCUGUAAUAAUAAUCGGAGAUUACAGCAACCUUAAAAUACAAGUGGUUGCAUCUCAAAUUGGAAAAUUGGUGCUCGUAUCUCAAGAACCAAAAAACUUAAUUUUAUCAAUUGGAUCAAGAUGGUUUGGCAAGGGUAACGAAACAGACGAGAAUGACUUUAACAAAUUAAUGUUUGUUUUAGAUAAUGUCAAACAAUUAUUAAAAUAG